AUGGAUGAAGAGUAUGAUGUUAUCUUAUUAGGUACUGGUUUAAAGGAAUGUGUAUUAGCUGGUUUACUUGGUGUAGCCGGCAAGAAAAUUUUACAUAUGGAUCGUAAUAAAUAUUAUGGUGGUGAAUCAGCAUCAAUGACACCAUUAGAAGAUCUUUAUUCAAAAUUUAAUUUACCAUCACCACCAUCAGAUACAGGACGUGGUCGUGAUUGGAAUGUUGAUUUAAUUCCAAAAUUUCUUAUGGCCAAUGGUCUUUUAGUAAAAUUAUUAAUUCAUACAGGUGUAACACGUUAUUUAGAAUUUAAAUGUAUUGAAGGCAGUUAUGUAUACAAAGGACAAAAAAUUCAUAAAGUUCCAGCCGAUGAACGUGAAGCACUUGGAUCAUCAUUGAUGGGUCUUUUUGAAAAACGUCGUUUUCGUAAUUUACUUGUAUGGAUUAAUGAAUAUGAUGAAAAAGAUCCUAAAACAUAUAAAGAUGUACCACCAAAUACACGUAUGAUUGAUGCAUUUAAAAAAUUUGGUCUUGAUCAAGAUACAAUUGAUUUUACUGGUCAUGCAUUAGCACUUCAUAGUGAUGAUGAUUAUUUGGAAAAACCAGCUCUUGAAUCAAUCAAACGAAUUAAAUUAUACAGUGAAUCAUUGGCACGUUAUGGUAAAUCACCUUAUCUUUAUCCACUUUAUGGACUUGGUGAAUUACCACAAGGUUUUGCACGUCUAAGUGCUAUAUAUGGUGGAACAUAUAUGCUUGAUAAACCAGCUGAUGAAAUCGUAUAUGAAAAUGGUGUUGUUGUUGGCGUUCGAUCAGGUGAUCAAACAGCUCGAUGUAAAGCUGUUAUAUGUGAUCCAUCAUAUGCACCAGAUAAAGUGAAAAAAGUUGGUCGUGUUAUUCGAGCUGUUUGUCUUUUACGACAUCCUGUUAGUGUUGGUUCAAAUGCAUCACCUAUUUCAAUACAAAUAAUUAUACCUCAAAAACAAGUACAACGUCAUAAUGAUAUUUAUGUUUGUUGUAUGGGUCAAUCAAAUAUGGUUACACCAAAAGAUUGGUAUGUUGCAUUAGUUAGUACAACUGUUGAAACAAAUAAUCCAGAAAAUGAAAUCAAACCUGGACUUGCACUUCUUGAACCAAUCUAUCAAAAAUUUGUUAGUGUUAGUGAUUUAUAUGAACCAAUUGAUGAUGGUACAACAAGCAAACUUUUUAUUACAAGUUCAUAUGAUGCAACAACACAUUUUGAAUCGACAUGUUUAGAUAUUCUUGAUGUUUAUCGUCGUUAUAUGGGUGAACCAUUUGAUUUUAGUAAAGUUACACGUGGUUUAGACGCGGAUGAUAGUCAAGAAGGAGCGCAAUAA